CAUCAAGUUUCGAGGACAAUCAGCAAUGCAAAAUAAAAAUUGCGUCAUCAAAUGGAUUUCACAACAAAUAUUUUUAUAAUGAAAAGUUAACAGUAAGCUUGGUGGAAUUACCUGUUACCAGUGCACAACAUACUCUCAAGGAAAACUGAAUAGCUUUGGCGCGAAAAACUUGUCAAUAGCUUAGCUGCAAAAUAUACAAAGAAGGUUUCAAGGAAAAGGUUUCAGUGAAGUGAAUUUGCUUUAUUUUGAUGAUAUUACAAGAUAUUAACAAUAUGCCUCCUGUUAAACGCGGGAGACGAGGUCCGAGCGACGCAGACGAUGAAGAUGAUGAUUAUAGAAAAAAGCGGGAUAGAAAUAAUGAGGCAGUAAAGAAGAGUAGAUUCAAGUCAAAACAGAGAACGCAAGAAACGUUCACACGCGUCAACAAACUAAAAGCGGAAAACCAAAUGCUGGAAGAGAAAGUCAAAACGCUAUCAAAAGAUCUGCAAUUCUUAAAAGAUUUGUUCAUGGAGUAUGCGUCUAAUGCGAAGGACCCUAAGUUUGCGGGAAUCGAUCUACAGAAGUUAUUAGAAGAUGUACCAGAUGAUAAAAAUAAGAAAAGAAAAUAGGAAAUCCAAGCAAGAAAUGCUGCAGAGGAAGAUUCAUUCCUGAUUCCUCCAUGGUCCAGGAUGUUCAAAACGAAAACAUUCUAUUUUUCUAAAUUUCACAUUUCAUAUUAAUAAAUUCUGUAACUAUGUAUUGAAUAUAUCAUCAACAAUUUCUUAAAAUUUAUGUUACCUCUUGGAUUAUAAAAAGAAUAUUUGUAAAUGUUCAUAUCAAGUUAGAAAGUGGAUAUCUUGCCUGCUCAAAGUUGUUUAAUGUUUUCUAUCCCUUCAGAAUAAAUUGAUUAUAAGUACAAGCUUUAGAUGUUAGUUGUAGAUUUUAUAAAAUUAUCCUAGGACUAUUCAGUUAGGGAGUAUUCAAGUAUUAUGUAACACAAUUUUUUGACGAUAACAAAGAUUUUUGACCCCCCUCCCUCCUUGUGACGCACUGUAACAUUUUUUCUGUACAGCAUUAACGCAUCGUAACGUUUUACGAGAUCCCACCUAAAUUGUUACGUAAUACAUGAACGCCCCCUUAAAGCUAAAACGAAGAAAUAUUAUUUAUGUAACAUCAUUUAAUAAUCUACUAAACUUUGACCUAUUUGUUUAUUUCCUUUUAUUUUAUAUUAUGACGUAUUGAUAUGAAAACAUCACAAUAAUUCAACACGAUGUGUAAUUUAAUUGGCUCGUAUAAUUUAUAAUAUGUUAUGAAAUUGAUACUUAAUGAUUUUAUUUGUCAAUGCAUUUAAUGAAAUUUAUAAUUUUUUGUAACUUUAUCAAAGGUGACUGUUGAAUAGUUAGUAGAUGAAUUAUUUUACAAUUAUUGUUUAUGAGAGAAUAAAAUAUUGAAACAACAAA